GUUUAAGUUGCGCUGUGGCCGCUUGUACUUCAACAGCAGAUUAUAAGGACCGAACAUAAUUAGACUAUGCGAACCACAUAUCACUCCCCCCAGCAUCAUCCCCUACCUUUCAUUUAGCCUCCCUCUACUUGCUUCAUCAUGACCUUAGCACGACAGCAGAUAUCGCAGUCGGAGGCGGACUCAACCUUGCUAGUCUCUCGAAUAUCGUCUCCGAGUCCAAGCUGCCACGACGAGAAAUCAGUAAAUGGACUCCCUACAUACGCCGCACCAUCCAUCUUUCCACGCGACUACAACGUGCCAUCAUGCAUAGACCACACUUCACAGUUCUUUGAGCUUCUUACUGCGCCCUAUCAUCCGCCAGCUUCCCUGAGUCCUUUGCGGCGUGCAACGCCCCGUCAAGAAGAUGCGGAGAGGUGUGCAGCAAUGGUAGACUGGGGCGAUACGGACGAGGAUUCAACGCCACAAGAGGGAUCUUCUUCUACCCUGUCUUCGUUGCCUGAAAGUUCCGCUAAGGAUAUCUCGAUAUACGUGCCACACGGUCCAUACGCAUGGGCAGCUGGUGAGGAUAUCCAACAAACAGAGACAUUGUUAUCCCUACGACAGGGCUCGAUGUGCUCAGCCUAUAUACAAACUGGUGUUAUUGCCGGACGAAAGAUCACUUUUAUCAGCCGACGAUGGAAUCUGGACAAGCAAGCGGAUUGGAUCGGUUUUGAUUCCGAGAUGGCUCUCUACAGCUCAGAACAAUACCUGAAGCCCCUGCAAGGCGUCAUUGUCCCUCGCAUAAUCGGUGUACACAUUCUGCCAGGCGCGAUCAGCAUUGCUAUGGAAUUACCCCAUCAAAGUUUUUGGAUGGAGGCCUCUCCUACCAUGCCCGACGUCCUCAAGGAACGUGCUAUGCAAGGGCUCGAGAUGCUCCAUUCGCGAGGUAUUCUUCAUGGAGAUAUUGAACUUCGUCAUGUUCUCAUCGGCGGGGACGGCGCCGUUACAUUCAUCGAUUUCCAACUGAGUCGAACUACCAAUCCCGACGAAUCCGUGGGCUUGGAGAAGGCGGAGGACGAAGAGUUUCGUUUCGAGAAACGCUUGCUUGCAUUCAAGCUUGACCUCCACGGUGCUCGGGCGAGUGAAAUCCAGAAGACUGAAGCUUUCGUACAGCGCACUAAGCGAAAUAAACGGAGAGAUGCGUUGUGGAGACGUCGCUCCCAUGGAGCUCGCACGGGAUACAUUCCGCCUUAUGAGGAGGAGCCUGAGGAGGAAAAGAUUGUACCGCCUGUCCACCCUCACGACUUGCAGGAUACGUGGAUGAAGAAUUCAGACGCUCCCCCAAUACGCGUCGUUGUUCCUGGACAGAGUACGGAAGAGGUGAAAACUGCUAUUCGGACAUUCUUUGAGUCUCUAGCAGAAUCCUGUCCUGACCAAGCGCUUUCUCAACCACUACCUUCUACUGGGGACAGGGCAGAGGCGUCUGAAGCGGCAUCAUCGACAUCAUCUCUCACGUCGGCAAUCGAUCUCUCUCCAACUGCAGUCCACAAAUCGUCACCCUCAUUGGCGGGACGCAAACGUCAUAGAGAAUCUUCCCCCCACGCCUCUCAUGCUUCAUUCGACUCGCGACCCUCAAAACGUAUUCGUCAUGAAACAGAACCUUCGUCAUCUGCUCGCGUCUCCUCCACUAUCCAUCCAUUGCCAGCAAUGUCCAGGGUCAAUCCUCGUGAUCGUGUACACAUGUGGUAUUCAGAUCUGCCCGACAAUGUUGAAGUUCCUCCCGCUCCCGUCCGUGUCAGACCUCUCUCCAUGACCGCCGCACUUAUUCGACAACAAAAUAUUGCACUUUGUCGUGAGGCAGGGCUUCCUCACGCUGAAUUGGUCGAGAGGGGCGAGGUUUCACCCAUGGACGCGGUUCGUCACUAUUUGCUAGCCAAGAAACGUAGAGGCAUAGCCCGAGGCAAUCUAAUCCGGGAGCGGGAUCGGGAUGGAUACUCGCCAUACGUUCACCAUAUAGAGAGGUCACGCCAACGUGAGCGCUAUCUCAUGCUGAAGGACGUGAAGAACGCGUACACCGCGACCUGUGCAAAUGCCCCCAACCUGUUAGAUAUCGCAAUGCCAGCAGGAGAUGACACAUUUUCCACUUUGCUCCACAUGAACGAGCACAAAGAUAUACCUGAAGGACCCAGAAUAUUGCAAAAGACAGAAUACGAAUUCGUGCAGAAUAGCCGGAAACAGGCUAUCGUACUUACGCCCUGUCGAGGGGUACUCAAACGACGAAGAGAGGAUGACCCAGUUCAGAACUUCCUGCCUGCGACGAAUUCACCUAAUCCUGCGGUACCUGUCGCUGAUACUGGCAGCACUAUUCCUCCGCCUCGCAAGAAAGCUCGAACCAAGGGCCCAUCCCGCAAACCAGCACGUGCCCGUAUACCCCUGUUCCACACAUCAGAUCCUGGGUCAUUGGAGAGCAACAGAGCAGCAAAGGUCAAGCUUCCGCAUGACCGUGAUCUGGCUAGGCAGUGUUCAUCAUCACAACCUGCAUCAAGCAUCGACUUUACACCACCAUCGUGGCGCGGUCUAUCCGUUUGGAUGGGAUCUUUAAUGGGAUGGUCACACUGAUCUUGGAACAUUUUUACCUUAUUGAUACCCCCACUUUUCGGAUUUCGACUUUCCGUGUAAUAUCUGUUGAUUCAAAUGCUUAAUACGAAGGAACAAGUAUAUUCCUGUGAUAGAUCUCGGGGGAAACCGAGAAGACUUUACUCCGUGAUUGAAGCAUGUCAGAACCAAG